AGAGAGGGAGGUGAGGAGCAGAUCGGAGCUCUUGCACCUCCGGCUCGUAGGCUACAGCAAUAUCACUCCAUCCCUCGCCGAUCGGAUUAUCGCUUUACUGCGCUUCCCACCCUCUAGAGCCCUGCCUAUUGAGCAACAUAGAGUAUACGUAUCCGAAACCAGGAGCUGUGCUUUCCAGCACCAGUGCCACAAUCAAGCUUCCUUCCCUCGUUUCUUCGUUUUUCAUUUCUUUUUUUUUCUUUUGCUCCUUAAAUGCACUCCAAUAUUUUCCAGGAGAGAAGAUUCGUUUCUGCAUCACUAUGAGAUUGUCCCAACCCAAAACAGGAAGUUCAAUACUGUAGUCCUGUACCUUUCUUCACCGCACGGAAAUCACCUGGUAAAAACAGAGCUUACUAAUGUGUAGAUCCUAAGGAUUUAACUACUGACAGUAAAGCUCUCUUCUUUCAGAUAUGGAUAUGUUCCUCUUCUUGGUUGUCCUCAUUAGCCUUCUUCCUAUGGGAGCCUCCCUCUACAACACAACAGUCGGUUGUCGCAUUAUUCAGCCUCCACGAGAAGGUGGGAUCCGAUACCGAGGGCUAACUCAGGAGCAGAUACGCAACGUGGAGAUUCUGCCUGUCGACUAUGAGAUUGAAUACCUCUGUCGUUCUGACAGAAUCAUUGUUGGACCCAAGGUCAGAAAGUGUUUGGAAAAUGGCACCUGGACAGACAUGACUCUGCAAAGCCGAUGCUUACGCCAGUGUCCACGCAUCGGGCUAUCAUUGGAGAAUGGACAAGUCCACCACAGCAAUGUUGAACACUCUCCUGUAGAAGGCACCCAGGUUUUUUAUCGUUGUAACCAUAAUUUCAGAUUGGUUGGACACAACUCGAGCAUCUGCAACAAGGAGGGCAAAUGGAGCAACCCGAAACCUAUCUGCGAGUAUGACAAGAACACAGGUUUAUCAUCUUCAGGUAAGAAGCCACUAUACAUCGGAGCGCUUUUCCCGAUGAGCGGAGGAUGGCCCGGUGGACAAGCCUGCUUACCUUCAGCGAAGAUGGCCCUAGAGCACGUCAACAAUCGGCAUGACAUCCUCCCCGGAUACGAACUCAAACUCAUCUACCAGGACAGUAAGUGUGACCCAGGAGAAGCCACAAAGCUGCUCUAUGAACUUCUUUACAAAGAGCCCAUUAAGAUUGUGUUGAUGCCAGGCUGCAGCUCCGUCUCCACCCUGGUGGCUGAAGCAGCAAGGAUGUGGAACCUUAUUGUUCUUUCCUAUGGUUCCAGUUCUCCAGCCCUCUCAAAUCGUCAGCGUUUUCCUACAUUCUUUCGUACACAUCCUUCAGCCACAUUGCAUAAUCCAACUCGGGUGCAGCUUUUUAAGAAGUGGAAAUGGACCAAAAUCGCCACCAUCCAACAAACCACUGAAGUCUUCACUUCUACCUUGGAUGAUUUAGAGGAGCGAGUCAAGGAGGCAGGGAUUGAGAUCAGCGUGCGACAGAGUUUCCUUACCGAUCCUGCCAUAGCAGUUAAGAAUCUCAAGCGUCAAGAUGCCAGAAUUAUUGUGGGACUCUUCUAUGAAACAGAAGCCAGGAAGGUCUUCUGUGAGGUCUUCAAGGAGAAAUUAUAUGGUAAAAAGUAUGUCUGGUUUUUGAUUGGCUGGUACGCUGACAACUGGUUUAAGAUUAAAGAUCCAUCAAUCAACUGCACAGUGGAGAACAUGACAGAGGCUGUAGAGGGUCACGUCACCACUGAGAUUGUCAUGCUGAACCCAGAGACUGUAAAAGGGGCAUCCAAUUUGACAUCUCAAGAAUUCUUAGAGCAGCUAAUGAAGCGGCUUGGUGGGAAAAAUCCUGAGGAGACUGGUGGAUUUCAGGAAGCCCCACUUGCCUAUGAUGCCAUUUGGGCUUUAGCCUUAGCUCUCAACAAAACAGCUGAGCAGCUUGCUAAGAAAGGGCUGCGAUUAGAAGAUUUCAACUACAAUAACAAGAAUAUCACUAAUGAGAUAUACAAGGCCAUGAACUCCUCCUCAUUUGAAGGCGUUUCUGGUCACGUGGUCUUUGAUGCCCAGGGAUCCAGAAUGGCAUGGACCCUAAUUGAACAACUACAGGGUGGCAGUUACAAGAAGAUUGGAUACUAUGAUAGCACAAAGGGGAACCUUUCGUGGUAUGCAAAUGACAAAUGGAUUGGGCCACAUCCCCCAGCAGACCAGACUAAGGUUAUUGAGGAAUACCGUCACUUGUCCCAGAAGCUCUUUGUGACCGUGUCAGUAUUUGCUGGCUUAGGUAUUCUCCUGGGAAUAAUUUGCCUGACAUUUAAUGUCUAUAACAGUAAUGUUCGGUAUAUUCAAAAUUCCCAACCCUAUCUUAAUAAUAUGACAGCUGUAGGAUGCAUGCUGGCUUUAGCGGCUGUGUUCCCACUUGGUUUAGAUGGAAAACAUAUUUCUAGGAGCCAUUUUCCAUUUGUCUGUCAGGCUCGUCUUUGGCUGCUGGGUCUUGGUUUCAGCCUGGCUUAUGGAAGUAUGUUUACCAAGAUUUGGUGGGUGCACACCGUCUUCACUAAGAAGGAUGAAAAGAAAGAGAAGCGAAAGCAGCAUCUAGAGCCUUGGAAACUCUAUGCUACUGUAGGUGUCCUCCUGGCCAUAGACAUCUUGUCCUUGAUGAUCUGGCAGAUAGUUGAUCCUCUUCAUAUUACUAUAGAGGAGUUUACAAAAGAGGCUCCAAAGGUUGAUAAUGAUGUACUAAUCCAGCCUUUGCUAGAGCACUGCAGCUCAGAGAAAAUGAACACUUGGUUGGGAGUGGUGUAUGGGUACAAAGGUCUUCUUUUGCUGUUAGGAAUCUUCCUUGCCUACGAGACAAAGAGUGUGUCCACGGAAAAGAUCAAUGACCAUCGUGCAGUUGGCAUGGCUAUCUACAAUGUGGCAGUGCUCUGCCUGAUUACUGCUCCAGUGACCAUGAUUCUGAACAGCCAGCAGGAUGCAGCCUUUGCAUUUGCCUCCCUUGCCAUCGUCUUCUCUGUGUACAUCACUCUUGUUGUUCUUUUUGUGCCCAAGAUGAGAAGACUCAUCACCCGUGGAGAGUGGCAGUCUGAACAACAGGACACAAUGAAGACAGGCUCUUCAACAAAUAACAAUGAUGAGGAGAAGUCCCGACAGCUGGAGAAGGAGAAUCGAGAGCUAGAGAAGAUAAUUGCAGAGAAAGAGGAGCGUGUUUCCGAGUUACGACACCAACUCCUGGAGAGACAGCAGCUACGUUCUCGUCGCCGACCUUCAGUCAAUGAAAAACAAGCGUUUUUGGCCCAGGGACCUCCCUCCUCUGGCUUCCCAAUUUCUUCUUCUGUAGAGAACCACCAGGAACAUUUCACCAACUCAAACAUUGCCCCCAUAGCAUCCCUUUACCAGCCCUCGGUGCGCCCCCCACUAGCGGACAAGUUGAGUCGCAACAACUGCCAUGGCAGUCGACUGCACCUGCUGUACAAGUGAAAGCACCAGUCACAUAAAAAAAAAAUCUUAAUUUUGACCCUUUGAACUUGGUGCCACAAUAAAAUGUUAAUUUUUUUACACCUUCACCCCUUGUUAUGUCAUGUAGCUUUCAUUAACUAAAUGGUAACAUACCUGUUUUGGUUAAGGGGAUUAUGUUCAUUUUACAGUGUAAUAGAUCCAUAAAUGUGGAAGACUACUAUCUGAGCAUUAUGAUGUGGCAGUCUGAAUAUCAUGUAUUAUUUAUAAAUGAAUGUCAAGGAA